UUACAUCGUUUUCAACGUUUGUGAAAUUUUUUCGAAGGAUAACUGGUGUAAAAAUAAGACUUGUUAACUAUAGGUCCCUGGGGAGAGUAAAGACGAGUGUGCGGGAUUGUUGGUGGCGAAGCGGAAUAACAGUAGACAGGGGUUGCUAGGAGACCACAAUAAACACUGGCGGCUUCAUCCAACACUAUAAUGUAUGUAUAACGAAUUGAUUGGCUCUUAAAAUAUUACAAAACUUCCAUAGACUUUUACCAGAGAAAAUUGAUUUCAAUUACAAAUUUGAACGAUUUUUUUUGUUCCCAAUGAGUACUUUACAGGCGAGUGGACUUUGAAUUUGCUGUUCAAAUAUGUUAUAUACUUUAAAAAUUCACAUUGUUUUUCCGCCAUCCCUCUGAAUAACAGUGAAAGAAAUGUGGAAAUGCUUUUAGCAGUCACCCAAGGUAACAGUGGGCUGUUUUAGAGCCUUUUAAUUUUUAUGUGUAUCUUCUUACUUUUUGUUUACGAUUUACGAGUGUCCUAGUUAUCAUAAAAUGUAUUCUUUGUUUUGCCGGUUUUCAAGUAAAGUGUGAGAUAUAGUUUAUAACUACUUCUUAGUUGGGUGUUUGGCUUGUAAUGUUGCUAGUAUUCGUGAUAAAGAAGGAUCAAUUAAGAAAAUAAGAAGGCACUCCAAUUACUUUCGGCCUUGUAGAGUUGCCGGUUACAUUUCAUCAGUGCCCGACUCUUAUCUCUGACACAAGUUAUUAAAAUGCGUGUGUUUUGAUAUUAAUAAGAUAAUAUUCUUUUGUUUAUGUGAUAAGUAGUAUUGACUAUAUAACAAGCGAGAAGAGAGCAGUAGGCUACAUGUGCGAUUUAGUAGUGUGAGAUAACAGCGAAUAUAUUACAACUCUCUGCCUCUAGGGGGGUCAGAAAAUAAUCUUCGUACCUCCAGCAAGACCCACUGAGCAUGUAGACGAAGGGAAAGAUGACGUCCAGUGCCAAAUCGGUGAGAUCCGACAUCAUUAGUGCCAUCAGUCGCAGCACGCGCCUGAGAGACUUCGAGGGAGACUUGCAGGUGCCCACUAGAGGGUCCCCAGCUAAGGCACACUUCCCAGGGGUUGACACUCUCGAUGUUGGCCACACCGAUGACGGCAUCGGCUCCCUUGGCGGGUCUCCGGUGUCCCCGAGGAAGCUUGCUGCGCCCCGGGUGAGCACUACACGGAGCUCUGGUACCGGGGACGAUAUUUACGCACCACCUCAAACCAGUGUAUGGGAAACUCGGCACCUACAGAGUCAGCAGUUUUUAUUGGACGGCGCCCGUGAAGAUGAAACCGUAGAGCAGAGGACACCCAGGGCCACCAAGGAGGGAGAAGAAGUCUCAUUUUCGGGGCAAAACAAGUUACUCUGGGAGGAAAACAGCCUCUCACCGAGGAAGGAUGAAGGAACGUGUAUUAAGAAUGAGAGUAGAGCUUCACUUAGAUGUGAGGGUGAACAGGUAAUACCAGGUGUCACAGACCCAAGUUGUGACGGAGGUGCUGAUCAUCCUAGUAGCGGCAGGAAGUCACAGCUCAGCGUUCGCAGUGACCAUCACACAGUGUCUCCGCCGUCGGUAAAGUCACCAGAUUCUGUUGAGGCGUCACCAGUAAGGAAAAGUGUAGGAUGGACGACAGUAGAAAUAAAUAGAGAUGGCGGGUCUCCUGAUUUUCACUCUCAGACCGACAACAUAGACAUUGAGCUUGAGAUAUUUAUCCAAAACCCAGAAGAAACUCCAGAGUCGCAAGAGGUUACAUCAAGAGAUCCCGCUGCUAACACUGGUGGAGAUGGAGACUGUGUGUCUGAUGAAAAAGCAGAUGCCACUCAGGAUGUGAAGUCGUUGCAAGACUCGGGUAUUGGGUCACCAUCUGCUGACUCCCUCAACGCAACAAGUUCGGAGGACAAAAACGUUUCGGAUGAACAGCUGCUUACUUCCGUCUUACGCUCAAGAGACGGACGAAAAGUACGCUCGUCAUCCGUGGGUCAAAGAGUGAGGUUUAGAGGUGAGUGUUGCAUCGCUGAGUCUUGUGACACCGUCGCAAGCGAUACCGUUGCAAGCGAUACCGGUCGCCACAACAACCCCACCACUUCCAGGCGAAACCGUCGCAACAAGAGGAAGAUCUACAGAUCAGCCAGUAUCUCCAACAUGGCGGUGGACGUAAACAAGGAAGCGAACCAGGAGUACUCGACGCUGCUGAAGGAGAUCCAGGCACUCAUGGCAGAAGUUAAGAAACAGCGCCAGGACUUCCGCACUGAGCUGCGCUCCCUCACCUCUACCAUCAACCGCAGAUACAACUACAACAAGAACUGCGUCUGCUCCACCAGCAGGAAGGGCUCUCGUCUUCCCGUUACGGUAGGCUGCUUAAUGUUUGGAAAGAGAUGAAACUGCUUGAAAUAAACUACUAGCUUUACGGAAGGUUGU